CCCCCACCCCACUUGUCUCUGCAACCCGUAGCCCACUCGACUUCACCUUCGCUCAGCGACAGACAGUCAUUAUACUUCUCACGGAAAGAAAGCUCUCGCCUGGUUGCACUCUGCCUCCACUUUGCUGUCUCUUUACUCCGACCUUAUAUCACUGCCUUCCUGUCGACACAUCCAAACGGCGAUCGCCAGUUAUACACUACAAGCCGUGAACUGUCGCUGAUUUAUCCCAACUUUACUGCAACUCCUUACUCUGAAAAAAUGGCUUCCCGUCUUAUUGAGUCCUACGCCAACGCCGCGGCCGGCAUCGAGCCCGAGCAGGCCGUGUCUUCUGGAGCAACUGGCGGUGCUCAAUUUCGAAAUGAUCAGCAUAAUUCUUCUGAGUACGGUUUCAGGGCCAACGCCAACAUCGACAACGAUGGCGGUUACCCUAACUUCUAUGGCGAUCCAAAUGCUGGCAUCCAGGAUUCCAACUGGGACAUCCGCAACCGUGAUUUCUCGAUCUACGAGGAUGGCGAAGGAGGCCCUUUCGUCUACAAUAACACUGCUCAUCAACCUGAUGAACGUGUUGCCUUCGAUCCACUGGACACUGGAGUCGCCCGUCCUGAACCCCAUACUCACGGCGGCGAUGCUUCCUUCAGCGUCAAUGCCAACUACUCUGACUUGGAGAACACCGAGGAUCAACCUGCCCAGAAUCUAAACUCUGAUAUCGGCAACAAUGGCGCAAAUCCUACAUCAACUUCACCCCAGAUGUUCGCCCAGGCCGCUCCUCCUCGUGAGAGCUUCGGUGCAACUGCGACUCCUAACAGCACUGCUGAUUCCGGACACCACUCCAGCACCCCCCAGCUUCAACCUCAGCCCCAGCCCGAGCCCGAGCCUGUCUGGCAGGUCACUUAUUCUCGCGAGCAGUUCAUCGCAUAUCUACGCUCAGGCGGUAUCGAUGCCAUGCUUGGUGGCCGGGACUUUACCCGUGUGACGUUCACUUUCGGUGAGAGCGAUCAAGAUGCUGAAUCCCUUCCACCCCCCUAUUCCCCGCGCUCUGAGCGCUAUACCAACAACCGGGGACGAAACACCUCCUCCUUCAAUGAACGCCGCGGAACUACACAUGCGUCCAAUCCUGCUCGGGAGCCUGCUGAUUUGGACCUCUAUCACAAUUUCGCCUUCAGAGACCUCAACAACAACGCCUUCGAGAACUGGAACUCGCGCUUCGAGAACUGGCACGCCCAGCAACGCCGGCCAGAGUAA